GUCCAGGAGCAGCAGCUAGCGGACCUCUUAUUUUUUCGGAAUAUUGGAGGAUACAUUGCCGUUCGUGGCCCUAGUAUUGUAACUGCAUUUCACCUGCAAAGGCAUUAGCCGCAUCUUUUUUCCUUCUCAAGAGAACGGAACCCUAUUUAUCUAAAAUUUCUCCCUAUGGAAGAAAUGGAAGAAGAAUUAAAAUGCCCUGUUUGCGGUUCUUUUUACCGGGAACCUAUUAUAUUGCCUUGUUCUCACAAUCUCUGCAUGGCUUGCGCUCGAAAUAUUUUGGUUCAGACUCCUGAAACAGAAUCACCACAAAGCCGGCGGGCGUCGGGGAUAUCUGACUAUGACUACCUGGACCUGGACAAAAUGAGCCUGUAUAGUGAGGCGGAUAGUGGUUAUGGCUCCUAUGGGGGGUUUGCUAGUGCCCCCACUACUCCUUGCCAGAAGUCACCCAACGGAGUGCGUGUGUUUCCCCCUGCAGUUCCUAUCCCUCCUCCAGUACACCACCAGUCUGCCACUACACUAGCCCCGAUCCCCCGCAACUCCUGCAUCACUUGCCCGCAGUGCCACCGCAGUCUGAUUUUGGAUGACAGAGGGCUCAGAGGAUUCCCAAGGAACCGUGUUUUAGAAGGGGUGAUCGACAGGUACCAGCAGAGUAAAACAUCCGCCUUAAAGUGCCAACUAUGUGAGAAGACCCCAAAGGAUGCUACAGUGAUGUGCGAGCAGUGCGAUGUUUUCUACUGCGACCCUUGUCGCCUGAGGUGUCACCCGCCUCGGGGGCCCUUGGCUAAGCACCACUUGGUGCCUCCUGCUCAGGGGCGAGUCAGCAGGAGGCUCAGUCCCCGAAAGAUUUCUACCUGCACUGACCAUGAACUGGAAAAUCACAGCAUGUACUGUGUGCAGUGCAAGAUUCCGGUUUGCUACCAGUGUUUGGAGGAGGGCAAGCACUCCAGUCAUGAAGUGAAGGCUCUGGGAGCCAUGUGGAAACUACACAAGAGUCAGCUGUCCCAGGCCCUUAAUGGUCUUUCUGACAGAGCCAAGGAAGCAAAGGAGUUUCUGGUACAGCUGAGGAAUAUGGUCCAGCAAAUCCAGGUAGGACGACCAGCCUCUAGCACUGACAAUGAGAACAGUGUGGAGUGUGAAGCCUGCCUUGUAGCACAAUGUGAUGCUCUCAUCGAUGCCUUGAACCGAAGAAAGGCUCAGCUUCUGGCACGGGUAAACAAAGAGCAUGAACACAAGCUAAAGGUGGUUCGAGAUCAGAUAGCUCACUGUACAAUGAAGUUACGGCAGACUACGGGACUGAUGGAAUACUGUUUGGAAGUGAUCAAAGAAAAUGAUCCUAGUGGAUUUCUCCAGAUAUCAGAUGCCCUUAUAAGAAGAGUGCAUCUUACUGAGGAUCAGUGGGGGAAGGGGACCCUUACUCCUCGGAUGACCACAGAUUUUGAUCUGACACUGGACAACACUCCUCUGUUACAAUCCAUUCAUCAGUUGGACUUUGUACAGAUGAAAGUUCCCUCUCCAGUGCCAGCGACCCCUAUGCUGCAGUUAGAAGAAUGCUGUACUCGCAAUAAUAGUGCCACAUUAUCCUGGAAGCAGCCACCUCUCUCAGCAGUGCAAGCAGAAGGCUACAUUUUGGAGUUAGAUGACGGCAAUGGGGGCCAAUUCCGGGAGGUAUAUGUUGGAAAGGAGACCAUGUGCACAGUUGAUGGACUUCACUUCAAUAGCACAUACAGUGCUCGGGUAAAGGCAUUUAACAAAAGUGGUGUCAGCCAGUACAGCAAGAUACUUGUUCUGCAGACCUCAGAAGUUGAAAGUAUGCAGCAUCCAUCUCAUGACACCGCAUCAAUACACAGUGAGUCACCUGCAGAGGAGACUGAAUCCAUUGUGGCCCACCGCAGGGUUCGCAGAGCGACACCAUCACCCUCCAGAUUUGAUGAUACACUGCUUCCGCUAGUACCUCUUAGCCGUCGGCUGUCCAAUCGCUGGUGCCGAGGCGUGGUGACAAACUCAGUUGGCAUUAAAACCCUGGUAGCAGUUGCAUGGUUUACAUUUGAACCAGGCUCUGCACAUCCCGACAUUAUCUUUUCGAAUGACAACUUAACAGUAACCUGCAACAGCUAUGAUGACAGAGUUGUGCUCGGCAACACAGGUUUCUCCAAAGGAAUCCACUACUGGGAACUAUCAGUUGAUCGCUAUGACAACCACCCAGACCCUGCAUUUGGAGUGGCACGGUUAGAUGUGCUGAAGGAUGUAAUGCUAGGAAAAGAUGACAAAGCCUGGGCAAUGUAUGUGGAUAACAACCGUAGCUGGUUCAUGCAUAAUAAUUCCCAUACAAACAGAACUGAAGGAGGGAUCACAAAAGGUGCUACCAUCGGAGUUCUUCUUGACUUAGGCAGGCGAAUACUUCUAUUUUCCAUCAAUGAUGAACAGCAAGGUCCUGUUGCAUUUGAGAAUCUGGAGGGCUUGUUCUUCCCUGCAGUUAGCCUGAACAGAAAUGUGCAGGUAACCCUUCAUACCGGUUUGCCAGUCCCUGACUUCUAUGCUGCACGACACCCAAUGCAGUCAUAAUCAGAAUACACUUCAAGGACCCUAGUGCUUUGCCUCAUAUGACAACCACCAGACAUUUUCAUGGAAAAGAACUCAAAACUACAAAACAUUUAUUUUCAUUCUGUCUUUCAAAACUUCAGAACAAAAACAUUCUGUCAUAGUUUUUUUUUUUUUCUGUUUUGCGAUAUCAUUUCAUAGUUUUGUCAUUUAUGUUGGCAAACCCUGUCCCUCUGCUUUAGUGUUUAGCUUUUUCUGCAAAUAAAGCCUCUAAAUAAGUAAAAUGUUACGUUACAAUAUGCGAGGGUUAUAGUGCGAAAUAGUUUUCCCUGUAGUACUGUUAUUGCUUUGGUCAGUUUAGUUACAAUUUAAGAUGGAGUAACCUAACAGCAGUUUUUCCCUGAUUCAACCUUCAGAAAAAGCUCUUGACUUAAAGGCUUUUAGGCAAGGAAUCUCUUAUAACUGCCUUCAAGGGAUUACUUUCCAAAAGUUACAUUUUUUACCAGGUUUUAUUUUAUCGAACGCUGAAUUUAAUAGCUUGGAUUACCAGUUCGUUUACAAUGAGCCAGGAAGAACAAAUCAAGAGUCUAUGGAACAGAGAUCAAAGAAGACCUGACAAAAGGGAUAUGGAUAUAUAAUGAAAUUAGUAUGGACAACCCCAUUUGAAACUGUUUAUGAUGCCUGGUGGAAUAAUUCUUGUCAUUUUAAGUAUUUUCAAAAUUUGUGCUAGACAAAAUGUAGUCAAAGGACACUUUCAGAUUAUCCCUACUUAACCCUAGUUGCAAAUGAUACUAGUUAUGCUCAUGGUUUACAGAGUAAGAUAUGGUGCUCUUUUGGAUGCAUUAAAUAUUUUGCUUCAGUACCUAAAAUGCAAAAUUAUUUACCUAAAUAGAAGGUGCAGGUGUAACUUAAUGUUUUAAUUGAAUUCUAAAAUUUCUAUCAAGGCAACUGUUGCCAAAAUAUUUAUGCCUACAGUGAAAUUUAGCUUUGCUGACAUGACCUGAAGUGUUUGAGUGGAAGUCUUAUAUAGAAACUUGAGAAAGAAAUUGUAUAUGAGCUAGUUUUCACUGUGCAUGUACUCUCAGGAAUUCUUCACAGUUGUUGCCAUAAUUUAGCUACUGUGCCUAAUCUACAACUUGUUUUCUUUUUUCAAAAGUGUACAAAAAUACAACAUGCUGGUAAUCCAGACAAAUUUCUGUACAAAACAGCACUGUGCUUAUACAUGCAAAUGUGCACUUACGAAGGUGUUCUGUAUCCUGAUUUAAGAAAUGCAUGCUGCAUGUUGGUGGAACGCAGGUCUUAUUUGUUAUCAGUGGACAUUCUAAUGUAUAAUGAACUAGGGAAAGGUUGCCCACUGCUGCUUUUCAGUUUAUCAUUGUCAGUCUUAGCAGUUUGUAGAAAAGUUUUAGUUAUGUACAGAGUGAAAAUCGCAGGUUAACUUUAAUCAUGAAAUAUUGUAAAUAAGGUGACAAAAUACCUGUAUCGCCUAUGGUCUGAAAUGUGGCUUUUACAUAUUUUCAUUGUGCUUUCUCCUUAGACCUAAUUUUAAAUUUUGCCUAAUUUAUUUAACAGGUGCUAUCUCAUGACAAUGCAUUAUUAACCCAGUUUAAAAAGUAAUCUGUUGCAGGGCAACAUAUAUCUCUUUAUUGAAUUUGAGAUAAAAUGUCUGUGGCUGUGCCACUGUGUAGGCUCUGUUUUUUCAUAGUGACUGUAGUUUUUCUCUUCCAAGUAACUUUCAUCAAGCCUGUUCAGUUCUAUGUGAGAUCUAUAAUCUGUAGCCUGUGCUGGGUCCCAUUAUUCCAUUUUUCUGCUGCAGCAACUGUAUUUAUGAUUGGUGCCCUGCUUGAUGUUCCAAUAAAAAUCCUUCAUGACAAACUCAAA